AUGGCGUCAAACUCAAGAGCGCAAAUAGGCAAUGAUGACAACUACAGUCAUUUCUCUGUAUCGCGAGAGCUCUCCGAGUUGAACUAUCACACUUCGCAGAGUGCAAAUGGAGACGCAUACUCUAACUACGAGAAAUACCUGAGCAUGUUUGAGGGAGGACAGGUGGUCACGUCGUACAAGGAAGUUGAAGGGUGGUCGGAGAGACAUGUUGCUGCAUGGGUCAGCACACUUGACCAUGGAAAGUUCAAAAUGUGGACCGAUUGCAUCAUCGACCAUGUCAUAGACGGGCCUGUGCUCUUCGAGAUGACCAUCCACAAGCUUGAAGAGAUAGGUGUGAAGAAGUUCGGAGACAGGACGGAGUUGAUGCAGCAUAUUGAGAAGCUCCAAAGAAGAUGCAAAAAGCCGAACUCUGGAGAAUUGACAAGACCAUCUUACCUAAUGUGCAUCUACGACAUGGUCACGUUCAGUUGGGCUGACACAAGCGAGGGGAAGGGCGGUCUGGAGAUCAAGGAAGAAUUGGUUCAUGCUAACACGUCGAUCGCGCUGGUUUCAACACUGACGUGGAGCAUUCUGGGAUAUGGAAGGAAGGCCGCUGGUUGUGUUCUAUUGCUUUACGUAUAUGAGAUGAGUGAUGAGCAGGAGGUAGAGACUUUUUUCGAUAUGUUGGGCAAGAACACCCAGCUUCCAGGCGCUUUCCUCUUCGUCGGCAUGAUCUGCUUCUGCGUUCCCAUGGCGUCCUACUUGAUCUUCAACGUCAACCUGGGGCUGUCCCCGGGGUCGAACGACUCAGGUGUACUAGCUCUGAGCUACGUGGUCGCUAUCUUCUCACUGUGUACUUUCCUUUAUGGCUUCCUCUACAAGAUCCCCAGCAUGAUCUCCUCUGUCUACGAGGCCAAGAUCCGUGCGUACAAGAAGGAUAUGGAGCUAGCUGACUGA